AUUUGGUAAAACAUGUCACCUGCACGGGAUCUACUUCGAGGCUCCAGCGGUGAUUCCGACGAUUCAUUAUUUUUGAGGUUAUAUUCACCAAUAACAUCCGGUCACAUUACUGUUAUAAACGUACAACUGUGCAGGCUUCCACAUUUUUAAUACGUUCUGACUCGGAGAGUGCCUCAGGAUCGAGCGCUUCUAGCCGUAGCGGAAGCCCAAUGUCCCACGGCCCUGCGCCAACUCCUGGCCGGCAAAAUAGUGACCAUUCGGAGAACGAGAAUGAAGGACCAGCCUCGCCAGAUUCAAUAAGGUCUCCUAGUAGUCCAAAGUCGGACAGGAGUCGGUCUAACGCGUCGAAUAGAUCCCGAAGCCGAUCCCCUAGUGCCAACAAGUCAAUUGCUAGCCCGACUUCACACAGAUCAGCUAGCGGAUCUAGAAAUUCCAGUCCAGGAUCACCGAGGUCGCGUCGCUCUGGAAGUGGAUCUCCACAAACGGCGCGAUCACCGAGCCCUGAAUCGCAAAGGUCAGGAAGGUCCAGGUCAAAUUCACCGCAAGGAAGCGUGAGAUCAGAAAGUCCAAAGUCUCCUGCCAGCCAUAGGUCUAGAUCAAGAUCGCCAAGUCAAAAAUCCAAAACUCCGAAUUCUCCUCGAUCUAACAGAGCUAGCAGAUCAAGAUCUGUGAGUCCUGCUUCCCCGAGAAGCAAUAAGUCUGGUUCUCCCAAAAGUCGGAGGUCCGGUAGUCAAACUUCACACACAAGCAGAAGAUCGGGGUCCCCUGGAUCGCCAAAAAGCCGCAGAUCUGCCAGUGGAACGCCUAAAACACACAGAUCUGUUAGCGGAUCACCUAAAACCAACAGAUCUGUUAGUGGCUCACCUAAAACUGUCAGAUCUGUUAGCGGAUCACCUAAAACCAACAGAUCUGUUAGUGGCUCACCUAAAACUGUCAGAUCUGCUAGCGAAUCUCCCAAAACAAAUAGAUCUGCUAGUGGAUCACCUAAAACGAAUAGAUCUCCAAGUGGAUCACCUAAAACAAAUAGAUCUCCAAGUGGAUCACCUAAAACCAACAGGUCACGCAGUGCUUCUCUGGCCAGUCGCAGGUCUGCUAGCGCUGGUUCUCAUAGAAGCAAUAAAUCCAGAUCUCGUAGUCCUGAAAGUCCAAAAACCGAUGGGAGCCCACAUUCGAGGAAAUCUAAGAGCAAAUCGCGGAGUCCUAAGGCUGCUGGAAGCGAUGCUGAGUCAGAAAAAUCGCUAAAAAUUGCACCUGAUGCAGAUGACGAAGCAGCAAAACGUAAACGACAGACCGACAGUGGUUCUGAAUCUGGAAAAGAAGUAAAGAAACUAAAAGGACUUAUUGAUUCAGAUUCUGAAGAAGAGGAGCUACCUGUUAAAGAAAAAACAGACGAUGUUGAGCCGACUGCUGACGCUCUCUUUGGAGAUGCAAGUGAUAUUAGUACUGAUGAUGAGAAGGAUAAGGAAGAAGAAGGAGAAGGAGAAGGAGAAAAAGACACAACAGCAAGAAAAAGCAAAAGCAAAAGUAGAAGUCGAAGUAGAAGUAGGAGCCGGAGUAAAAGUCGAAGUCGGAGUAGGAGUAGAAGUAGGGGGAGAUCAGACAGUGGCGGAGAAGGACCUAGUCAUAGGGCUUUAAUUGAAGAUGACGAGGAAAAAGAGAAAGAAGAUGAACCGGAGCCGCCACCAGAGACGCGAAUCGACGUAGAAAUACCAAAAAUCACAACAGAUUUAGGACGUGAAAUACAUUUUGUAAAACUACCGAAUUUUUUGUCUGUUGAAACGCGACCAUUCGACCAUGAGACUUAUGAGGAUGAAAUUGACGAGGAGGAAACAUUAGAUGAGGAGGGAAGAGCUAGGCUCAAACUGAAAGUCGAGAAUACCAUAAGAUGGCGAGAAGUAUUCAAUGACGAGGGAAAAGCAGUGAAAGAAAGCAACGCCAGAUUUAUAAAAUGGUCCGAUGGUAGUAUGUCAUUGCAUCUGGGUUCAGAAAUAUUCGACGUCUACAGACAACCGCUUCAAGGAGAUCACAAUCAUCUCUAUAUUCGACAAGGCACCGGUCUUCAAGGACAAGCGGUAUUUAGAACAAAACUCGGGUUCAGGCCUCACUCAACAGAGUCAUUUACACACAGGAAAAUGACCAUGUCAUUGGCAGAUCGUUCGCAAAAGACUACUGGCAUUAAAGUAUUGUCGCAAGUUGGAAUGAAUCCUGAUCAAAACAGAUACGAAAUGAUAAAGAAAGAAGAAGAAAAACUGCGAAUGGCAAUGCGAGCACAGAGCAAAAAUAAAAAACCGAGUGGAAGUAGCAGAAGUGCGGGUCGAGCAUCUGGCAGUUACGGAACGGAAGCUUAUCACGAUGAUGGAUCUGACGACGAGGGUGCAAUUUCACUGGCAGCUAUCAAAAACAAGUAUAAAAAGGGCGCUGCUGCACUUGCAGCCAAAUCUGCCUCGAAUAUUUAUUCGUCUGACGAAGAAGGGUCAGACUUCGAGGGUACGCGAUCCAAAAAGUAUCACAAGGGUAAAGUUCUUAAGGAUUCGGACGAAGAUUCAAAUUCAGGAUCUGAGAGUGGAUCGGUAAGCGGUGGAGGCGGUGAUGAUGGCGCCGACGCUGCAAGUGACUAAGAGUAAUUCGUGUUUGACAAUAUAAGAUGUGAGAAAAAUAUGCUGUAAAUAUCAAUCCGAAAAAAUGUUGACGCGGAACCGUUCAACGGAACGCAAAAUCCAAUAUCAGGUAACUGUUUUGUAUGGGUCCCCAUGAGACAGAUCAUAUUUUAUUUCUUAUUACGAGUUACAGUCAUGAUUAUAUUGACAAUAUUAUUAAAAUUAAGAUUAUUUUCAUUAUCAUUAUGAACUAGAAAUACAUUAUUCAUUACUUGUAAUCACAAAACGCAAUUAAAUAUAGUAUCAUUUAAAAUCAU